UUUACACUUGAAUUGCUAAAGUUUCUGGUUUCAUCACCUAUAAAUAUGACUGCAAUUUCAUCUCCUUCAUCAUCAAACACUUCAAUUGAAACCAAAAACUCAAGCUUUUAUACUCUAUACUCUGUUUUACACAACCCAAUUUUGAACUAAAAUGUCUCUGAUUCCAACUUUCUUUGGUGGUCGACGGAGCAACAUCUUCGACCCAUUUUCACUAGACAUAUGGGAUCCACUCGAAGGUUUCCCAAUUGCAAACCCCUCAUCCUCUGUUAAUGAAACCUCUGCUUUCGCAAAUGCGAAAAUCGAUUGGAAAGAAACCCCGGAAGCCCAUGUCUUUAAAGUGGAUGUACCUGGGAUUAAGAAAGAGGAAGUGAAAGUUGAAGUUGAAGAAGGAAGGAUUUUGCAGAUUAGUGGUGAGAGGAGUAAAGAACAAGAGGAGAAGAAUGAUCAAUGGCACCGUAUGGAGAGGAGUAGUGGUAAGUUUGUAAGGAGGUUUAGGUUGCCGGAGAAUGUGAAAAUGGAGGAAAUUAAGGCCGCGAUGGAGAAUGGAGUGCUUACUGUAACUGUUCCUAAAGAAGAAGGGAAGAAACCUGAAGUAAAUGCCAUUGAUAUUUCUGGUUGAAAAAAAGUUGCAGAUCAAGUGUUUGUCGAAAGUCCUCGAUUAAAAAUGGAGCAAUACAAUCUAUUCAAAUAUUGCAUUUACCAUACGGUAUAACACAAUACAUUAUAUUAUGAAAUAAUGAAUAACAAUUAUCCAAACCGAGUGUUAAGUCUUUUGGUUUGUUAAUGUGUGUUUGUAGUUUGUCUAAGGUUGUGUGUAUUCUACUUGCUCUUUGUAAUCAAGAAAAUGUUGUGUGUUUAAUUAAUGAAUAAUUUCUUUUUUAACAUA